UGGGGUAUGGGGGCCGGUGGCGAAGGGGCCAAGUCAUCUCUUCGUUGGCGCGUUCUUUUGGCGCGUUUCAUUUGGCGUUUCCGGCGGCUAUGGCCAUUCCCUGAACUGAGCGAACCUUCCUCUUCCCUUGCCAUUUUGCAGUCUCCACCAUUGACCUUCCCACCUCAUCAAUCCCACCCCCACCUCAGCCAUUGUCGACCCUUCUUCCCUCCCCAUCUCAUCGAUCUCCCCCAUUCUCCUCCUCCCCAAUGCCGUGCCCGGCACCCGUUGAAUCUCCCGGAAAAAUGAGAGCUUUAAUCUCGAAUGCACGUUAGGUAGGGUCUCUGAUCUUCGAUGGCGGUGACGAUGAGAUGAAGGGUCUCUGGGGAAAUUCGUUUCUUGUAGGAUUGACAGAGAUUCAUGGGGAUUUGUUUCAGCUGCGAAGAAUCCAUUCUGAUGACAAACCCAGCACCGCCCCUGCUCGUGCUUUCAGCGGUUUUCAGUCCAUGAGAUUCGGCAUGUCUAUCAAAGCCCCCAUCUUCUUUUCGUUGCACAUAGUAUGGGCAGUAUACAGCAUGGGGAAAGUGUAUGUUGCGACAGGCACAAGUGAACUCAAAACAUCUCCAACUGAAGCUGAGCUGAGCAGAAAGAUGAAAAGCUCAGGCUCAGGGAGCAUUCCCUCAGCACCCAAGAAUGUUAAAGAUCUCCAGGAAAGCCCCGUAAAUAACAAUGUGGAUAUCUUCACUUACGAGGAGAUGAGGUUGGCAACAAAGCAUUUUCGUCCAGAUCUGAUCAUUGGAGAAGGUGGCUUCGGGAUUGUGUACAAAGGAGUUAUAGAUGAUAGAGUGAGACAGGGUUACAAAACCACGCAAGUUGCAAUUAAGGAGCUUAACCCAGAAGGAUUUCAAGGCGACCGGGAAUGGCUGGCUGAAAUUAUUUAUCUGGGCCAGCUUAGUCAUCCUAACCUUGUCAAGCUUAUAGGGUACUGCUGUGAGGACGAGCAUAGGAUCUUAGUUUAUGAAUACAUGGCAGGUGGCAGCCUUGAAAAGAAUCUUUUCCGAAGAGUUGGUUGCACACUGACUUGGCCAAGACGAAUGAAGAUAGCUUUGGGAGUUGCUCAAGGGCUAGCAUUUCUUCAUGGUGCUGAAAGGUCCAUCAUAUACCGUGAUUUCAAGCCAUCAAACAUAUUGCUGGACGCGGAUUAUAAUCCAAAGCUUUCAGACUUUGGGCUAGCAAAGGACGGGCCCGUAGGGGACCAAACUCAUGUGUCGACACGAGUGAUGGGCACAUAUGGCUAUGCUGCUCCCGAGUACAUAAUGACCGGUCAUUUAACAGCUCGCAGCGAUGUUUAUGGCUUCGGGGUGGUGCUGCUCGAGAUGCUUCUCGGGAGGGGGGCAAUGGAGAAGAAUAGGCCAAGCCGAGAGCACAACCUGGUCGAGUGGGCCCGGCCCAUCUUGACUAAUAACAAGAAGCUUCCCCGGAUCCUUGACCCCCGUAUCGAUGGUCAGUACUCACUUCGAACUGCCAUGAAGGUAGCCAAUUUAGCAUACCAGUGCCUCAGCCCCAACCCCAAGGGUAGGCCACUGAUGAGCGAGGUGGUUGAAAUCCUCGAGGCUCUUAAGAUAAAGGAAGUAAGUCACGAAGAAGUAAUGCUUGAGAGCGGAUGUGGAAGCAUCACCCUAUUUGAAGCUGCCCCGAAUGAUGGUUCUCCAGAGACGAAGGAACACCGAAGGAGAAGGCACAGCAAUGGGCAUAAGAGCCAGCCCAGUAAUGAGUUAGAUCCAAGCAAUGAUGUGGAAUCCAAGUAGAGGCAAUCUACCAGACGGGUUCGAUUUUGGUAUGAAAUAGGCAUGGUGAAGUUGGAAUUGUAUAAAAGCAAAAGCGGAUCGACUUCACCGUUCAUUAGGGUUUUUUCCUUUUUGGUCAUAAUGUUUAUCAUCCUGCCCUCGAUGAAAACGUUCAACUUGUCACAGACUUAUUCUUCUUAAUAUUCAAAUUAUCAGUAUCAUUGUCAUCA